GAGCAAUACAAAUUGAGAAGCGUUACUCCACUCCGGUAUAGUAUCACAGGCUGGAAACAUCGAAUAAUGGAUGAGGAGCAAAGCAACGGCGAUGUGCAGGUCCCCGCGUCGGACAGUCUGGAGUACAGACUCCUGAUGGCGUACACACGCAAGAGAAGACCCACAGACACGCGCCUGCAGAAGAACAUCACAGAGAGAAAGACUUGUACACCAGAAGCACCAGAAGACCACAUUCAAUUACAGUGGAAGAAGAAAAAAAGGAAAUUUCCUUUUUUCUUGUCCUGUUUUAAACCCAGAACAAAUGACGAUGAUUGUUGCCAUCAACAGCCAGCGACAACUGAAGUUUUAGAAGAAAAAGUGGACGACAUGGAGGAGAUUGCCAGUAAACUGACAGAUAUAUCAAGUUCUGUGCACUUCAUUCCAUGUGAAUUAGAAGUAGAUAGUGGAGAUGAUGUUGUGCAACAAAUUGUGGAGCUACUCAGAGAGCAUGGCGACGAACUGGAUAAAAAGAUAAAGGCAGACAAGGCAUUGAGUAAAGCGCUGCAGUCCUCUAUGACGUAUGGCUUCUUUAAGAAAGUGAUGGACACAUUCUGUAGAAGAGUUACCCCAGAGGAGCUGCCGCCAGAGCAGAAAAGAGAGAAUGCCACAGUGGCUCUGAUCUGCGAAGCCACCAGUCAGCUCUUCAGUGUAGAUCACCACCCAAUGAACCAGGUGCUGGGCUUUGGUGCCAAAUACCUACAGGACACAUUCCCCACCUGGAUUAGCAGGAACAUUGGCAAUGGAGACGUUGAUGAAUCCAAAGAGGAAGUUCACUGAGCCAAAAACCAAAGAGACGGUCUCCUCAUACUCCAGCUGUCUUUCUCAGGGGCACAGUCACUUUAUUCAUGUCAAAAAUAGUUUUUAAAAAAAAAAAAUGUAUUCAUUGUCAUCAGGGAUCUUGCGUGCACUAGAUUCUUGGAACAUCUGAGAUCAGAAAUGAGGAAAUGGUUUAUAGAUCUGAAUAUAAACAUGCAGUAAAUAGGCCAUAGCAUUACAAGUAAACAUACAGUAUACUGCCUCAUAAAAUUACACCAAGGGUACUGUAUGACUUGAAAAUCAGGAUUAUACAUGUCUUGACUGCAUAUGAAAUAAUAAAUAAACAUAUUUUUGUAAUUUGAUAAUUAGACAAAACGUGUUCCUUUAUGAUAUGUUCCUUAUUGUGAAUUUCUUAAGUGUACUUUUGUUUGAAAUGCACAUAUUUCAGAAUGCAUUUAAUUUCAAAUGUUUCUUGUUUUUUUGCAUUAUAUUUUAAAACAAUAUAAAAAAUAUUUUGUUUACAGUUAGUGCAUAUAUAUGACUUUUUUUACUUUUUUU